CAGCUAAGAGAACCCCACCCCUGUUCUUCCUCCCACAUGCAGAUUAGUCAAAUCUCUAUAAUACUAAUCUCCACUUCUGAUACAUUUAAUUCUGUAGGGAUUUGUGUAUGGCAAUUCUAAUAUUAUUACCAUAUUAAUGCGGUAAGAAAUAGUAAUUCCCCCGCCAGUUAACAGGAAGACGAAGGAGGAGGAGGAGGAGGUGAACAAUGAAAACAGUUAUUGAGCUUUGUAAUUUCUCCGUGGUUCAAAUGUAGCACUACCCUGGAUUCUUAAUUCUUCGAUUCAGUUCAAUCGGUCUAUGUCACCUGUACAGACAUAUCUACGUAUGUUUACUGGUUGAUUACAGACAGAUACGAUAAGAUUGCGCAUUUUCCCGAUGGCGGCGAAUUAUAGUACGUCUCGUAAUCCGGGGAGCUCGAAGUUUCAGUUUGGCGGAGGAAGUGUGAGUCUUGCGUCCAGGCUGAGAUCCUCGUCGUUGAAGAAGCCACCGGAGCCGCUGCGCAGAGCCGUGGCUGAUUGUCUAUCGGCUUCGGCUUCAGCUCACCAUGGAACCUCCUCGGCUGCCUCGUCCGAGUCUUCUAGGACUCUCCGGGAUUACUUGGCCUCACAUCCCACAACGGACUUGGCUUAUGGUGUAAUAUUGGAUCACACCCUAGCAGAACGUGAGCGCAGCCCUGCGGUGGUAGCAAAAUCUGUGGCACUUUUGAAACGGUAUCUAUUAAGGUAUAAACCAAGCGAAGAAACGCUACUACAGAUUGAUAGGUUCUGCUUAAGCAUAAUUGCAGAAUGUGAUAUGACUACAAACCGGAAACUGGCACCAUUGCCACGUUCGUUAGGACAACAAAGUGGUGCAUCGGCAUCAUCUGUCACUGUAUCUCCUUUACCUGUGUCAAGUUUUGCAUCAGCUGCUCUUGUGAAGUCCUUACAUUAUGUCCGUUCUCUGGUGGCUCAACAUAUCCCAAAACGGUCAUUUCAACCUGCAGCUUUUGUUGGGGCACCUCUUGCGUCAAGGCAAGCACUCCCAUCGUUGUCAUCUUUAUUGAGAAGAUCCUUCACUACCCAGUUAAACCCUUCUGUCAAAGAGUCUCCAAAAAGUAAAGAAAUGUCUACCAUAUCUUCUUCUUAUUCACCAAUUCUUGAAGAAGCUGAUACUCUGGAAGAUCAGGGUUUCAUGCCAGUUGAUGUUUUUAAGUGGCGUUGGUGCAGAGAUGAACAGCAAUCUCUAUCUUUGCCUAAGAGCGAUCAAACUUUGAAUCCCAAAGAAGUCAGUGCACAUAAUUUCCUAGAAGUUGGUGCAGCAGCUCUGCUUGUAGGAGACAUGGAAGCCAAAAUGAAGGGUGAGCCUUGGAGAGUAUAUGGCAGCGCUGAAAUGCCUUAUCUGGAUCAACUGUUGCAGCCAUCUUUGCUGACGACUGUCACAAAUUCUGCCUCUGCUCGUGCACACUUGAGAGCAAUAACAGCACUAAAACGCUCUAAAGCAGGGCCUAAUGAGAUAUGGGAGGAUUCUCCGGUGAGCACCUUCCGGCCUCGUACAAAGCCACUUUUUCAAUAUCGCCACUACAGUGAACAACAACCUCUGCGAUUAAACCCCACAGAAGUCUGUGAAGUUAUUGCUGCUGUUUGCUCAGAGAGUCCUGCUCCAAAUGCUUAUUUUAUGACGGUCUCAUCUAAACUGAGUAAUAACAGUGGAAAACCAUCUAUAGAUGUUGCUGCUAGUGUUCUCGUGAAACUUAUUAUUGACAUGUAUGUUUUAGAUUCUGAGCUUGCUGCUCCGCUUACUCUAUCAAUGCUUGAGGAAAUGAUCAAUGCUCCUCGGUUGGGAUCGAAAGAUAGGGCAUUUGAUUUAAUCCUUAAUCUUGGAAUUCAUGCUCACUUGUUAGAGCCUCCAGCAGCUGAUGAGGCUUCUUCAAUUGCAGAAGAAUAUUCUGAAGAAGCAUAUUUUGACUGUGAAACUCAAUUUUCUCCAGAUAAGAAAAAACCAACUGGGAAUUACUUGGCUAUUGAGAAAUUUGAAUGCUGGAUUUUAGGCAUUCUUUGUGAGGUUCUUCUUCAUCUUGUCCAGAUGGAAGAGAAAGAAGAGUCUGUAUGGGCAUCUUCCCUGAGCUGUUUGCUUUAUUUUGUGUGUGAUAGAGGCAGAAUACGGAGAAGCAGACUUAGAAGUCUCGACAUCCGAGUUGUUAAGGCACUCAUAGAAGUUAGCAGUAGAAAUUCAUGGGCAGAAGUAGUUCAUUCCAAGCUUAUUGGCAUGUUCACAAAUAUGUUCUAUGAAACACCAGAGGACUCUGAUAAAUCUCUACCAGCUACACCUGUUUUUCUUAUUCAGCAAGUUGAUUUGAUCGGUGGAAUUGAGUUCAUUUUUGCAGAGUUGAUGCUGUCAAACUCUAGGGAAGAGAGGAGGAAUCUUUACCUUGUUUUGUUUGAUUAUGUUGUGCAUCAAAUAAAUGAGGCAUGCAUGAUGGCUGGAAUUUCUGAAUAUAGUGAUGAUGAAGUUCAACCUAUUGCAACACUACUUAUGCUUGCAGAUGCACCUGAAGCAUUACACAUUUCAAUCAAACUCGGGGUGGAAGGUAUUUUAGAGCUUUUGAGAAGAUCUAUAUUUACCCCACUGUCCAGACAUCCCAGUAGUGAUCGGCUUAUUACGUUCUUGGAAAAAAUUGUAGAGAAACUUGAAAUGCUUAUAAAGUCAUUUACACAUCUUGACAAAGAGUUUGCCCAGUCAAGACAAAUGACGAAAUCACUCAAAUCUUUGAAAAGCAUCGAUGAAGUUUUACUUCUAAAGAAUGGAAUAGAUGGGGUUUCGGGAAACAGCAUUCACAUGAAAGCAAAACUUUCUUGGGUUACAUUACAUUCUCUUCUUCAUUCAGAGAGAACUGCUUGUCGUCAUAAUGGCUAUCUAUGGUUGGGUGAUCUGCUGAUUGCGGAAAUUACCGAGGGAAGGGAUGAAAGUAUAUGGUCAAGCAUCCGAAAGUUGCAGCAGAAAAUUGAAGCCCUUGCUGAUGUUAAUGAUUAUUCACCAGAUUUAGAUAUCCCUAUAUCUAUCUGGCUCAUGUUUGGGAUGUUGAAGUCAAAAAACAGUGUUAUCAGAAUUGGAUUCCUAUUUGUUUUAGAGAGGCUUCUCAUGCGAUGUAAAUUUUUGUUGGAUGAGAGUGAAGUCCAACAUGUGAUAAGUGGUGAGACUGGAAAUCUGCAUGGCAAGAGUCGCCUUGAGAAAGCAAAUGCAGUGAUAGACAUUAUGAGUAGUGCAUUGUCCCUGAUGGCCCAGUUAAAUGAAACAGAUGGUUUGAAUAUAUUGAAGAUGUGUGAAAUUCUGUUGUCUCAGUUGUGCCUUAAAGUUCUUCCCUCUGGUGUCAAAGACACUGGCUGGAACAAGAAGGAUGAUGCAGGGGAACUUCAUCCUCAGUAUCAUGAGGAGCCCUUCAAAGACACCAAUACCAAACACGGAAAAAGUAAAGACCCGCCAAUAUGUGAAACUGCGUCCAUGGCAGCACUGCUUCUUCAUGGGCAAGCCAUCGCUCCUAUGCAAUUGGUUGCACGUGUCCCUACUGAUUUGUUUUAUUGGCCAUUGAUUCAACUUGCUGGUGCUGCGACAGACAACAUUGCAUUAGGUGUUUCAGUUGGUAGCAAAGGAAGAGGAAACGUUCCUGGUGCUACUUCAGAUAUAAGAGCCACCCUGUUAUUACUUUUAAUUGGUAAAUGCACUGAGGAUCCUGCAGCUUUUGAAGAUGUUGGUGGAGAACCAUUCUUUAGGGCAUUACUGGAGGAUAUAGAUUCAAGAGUUGCUUAUUACUCUUCCACUUUCCUUCUAAAGAAAAGGAUGUCCGAAGAACCUGAAAGUUACCAGCGUUUGCUACAUAAUCUUGUUUCAAGGGCUCAGCAGAGCAACAACGAAAAACUAUUGGAAAAUCCCUACCUCCAGAUGCGUGGCAUACUUCAGCUAUCGAGUGACUAAUCCCAUGUUCCCAUGUUUCAAACAUCCACCAACUGAAGAAUCUUGAUGUAUAUCAGUUGUAGUACUAACAAAGUUCCAAUGCUAAAGGCCAGCAACCAGCGUGCACUUUUUUCAAUCAGUUGGUUGAAAUGCCACAAUCAUGCCAACUAUUCUCUUAUUCAGAUCUAUUAUGCUGCCUAUCUUGAUUUCUGGAAGCAUUUCUAGAGGACUGUAGCACAAUUGUGUACAUACCAAGGGAUGUGAUUGAGAAGUCCUUGUUUCAUGCAAAUAUCUUAAGUGGACUUGUGGCAUUAUGCAAGAGUUUGUUGGCAAAAAGAUGACAAACAUGUUGUUGACCUUCCAAAGGAAGUUCCAACACUGAGCCAUCCUCAGGUAAUAAGUGUAUAUGAGUAUAUCAAGUUUUAGAAUGAUAAUAAAUGGUGUACAGUACAUGUUAUCAAGAAUCCGGGUUUUCCCCCAUGGAGGAAGAAGGUGAUGUUAUUUAUGAAAUUGUUUGAGUAUAUUAGCUUAGGAAGGAUCGUACUCUUCGAGGUGCAACAAAGGAGUGCAAGUUUUGUAGGGAUAUCUCUUCACCAAACUGUUCACUAGCUUGUGGUAAAUAGGUUCCUGUUUCAUAUGCGUCAGCAUUAAAAUAUGUUUGAAGGGGUUUUGUUUUAUUGCCCCCUACAAGCUAUGUUGUGCUGUAGAUGGUGUUCAGCACAUUUUUUAGUGCAGAUCUAGUGGUACCUAGUUUAUUAGCAGUAGUUUAUUUCUCUGCAUGCUUGUCUGGUGUACAUUAAUUGGUUUUGUAAUGGUGUAGAGAUGUAAUUAGUGCUAAAUUAGCAAAGGAUAGUGGAUAACAAGGUGCUAAAAAUAGCUCUGUUUUUAUGCAAUGAGGUUUUCUAUGCGUUGGUCGGUCUGGCAAAGGGUGAGGGACUCUUAUAAGAGAUCGAUA